CCAGACCCAACGAGAUUGAUCCUCUCGUAGGUAGCGACGGAAAGACGACGAUGGUACCGACGCACUCGGAUGGUAUCCAUGCAGUCGAACCGACCACGGACAGCUCGAACGGACCGCGAGAGUUGAAGUAUCUCCCUGCGGAAUUCUACGCCUCACGCCUCUCCGACGCGGCCAAAGACCUGCAGCCCAGCGCGAUCCUCAGUCUCUUCCCGCUCGAAACCACCCCGGGCCUGAUCUCCCUCCUCGCCGGCAAACCAAACGGCUCCACCUUUCCCUUCACGUCCUUCCAGUAUUCCGUGCGCUCGCCCGUGGACCCCUCUCAGGAACAGACAAUCAGGCUUGACGGUGCACAGCUGAGCGAGAGCCUGCAGUAUGGGAGAAGCGCGGGCCAGGCCGACCUGCUCGAGUGGGCGUACGGGCUGCAGGAGUAUGCACAUGGCCGGCGGAGGGGCGAGGGGUGGAGGAUUAGCGUAGGGAACGGGAGCCAGGACAUGAUUAACAAGGCGGUUUGGGCAACGGUGAAUCGGGGGGACGCGGUGCUCCUCGAGACACCCAUGUACUCCGGCGUGCUACCGAUGUUUCAGGCUCUGCACUGUGAAAUGAUAGACGAUCCGUACUACUUCCUGUACUACGGUGCCGCAACGCGCCCACCAUCAUACUUUAGCCUGGAGCGCGACGAGGCCGAAGUCGGGCGGGUGCUGCGGUUCGACAGCCUCUCGAAGAUCCUGUCGUCCGGUCUGCGUGUUGGUUUCAUCAGCGCGCCCGAGCCGUUCGUCACCGUCAUCGACUCACACACGGCUACGUCAAACCUGCAUCCCUCGAGCCUCACGCAGAUGGUCGCGUACACGCUUCUCAGCUCAUGGGGGUACGAUACGCUCAUGCUGCACAGCGCACACGUCUCCGGGUUCUACAAAGCCAAGCGUGACGUCUUCGAGCGCGCGAUGCGCAAGCACCUGGACGGGCUCGCGGAGUGGACUCCACCCGAAGCCGGCAUGUUCUACUGGUUCAAGCUUCUGUUACACGCGCCCGGGGUUCCAGAGACGAGCCUCGAAGAGGACUCGGAGGCUGUGAUAAGGACGAAGGCGGUUGAGAAGGGCGUUUUGGCGCUCCCGGGCACGGUUUUCCUACCGAGUGGAAGGAAGACGGCGUACGUUCGAGCGGCAUUCAGUUUGUUGAGUGAUGAAGCGAUUAAUGAGGCUCUGAAGAGACUUAGGGAGGUUGUGUUAGAUGCGAGAGGCACUUCAGAAUGA